GAGUCGAAGUAAACAUAUCUUCGGGGACAGAGCGUGUUGUGUGGGUGAUGCGACUCCGUGGUAAGCCAGAGGUGCCCGCACCCGGGGCUAUGUCGGGUAGGGGCUGCAUGGCCUUGGCGGCCGGCAACCAUGGUGACCAAAAGGUCAAGCGAACACCGAUAGAGGUCGAUGGUACAGAGAUGGCAGCUGAGACGGGCCGAAAGAGACAGCGUAAGGAGAAUGGGGCCAUGAAUGACGACCCAUUUAUCACGUCCACACCUCAGCAGCCGCGGGGCCGCAAACGCAAGAAAGGACCAGUGGCUGCUGUGAAGCCUGACCCGGUCAAGUCCUCAGCCUGUCCUGACCCAGCCAGUCCCCCCAGGACAAGUCUCUUCGGGACAAUUUUCUCACCUGUCUAUCAGUUCUUUGGACAACAGAAUGGACUAGACAAUGGUUGUGAAGAGUCCAGCUGUAUGGAAACUGUGGAAACAGUCGCAAUGGCAGCAAAACUGCCCGAUGUGGAGAUGACAGAUUCGUCCGAAAGUGAAUCAGAUAGUGCUGCUUCAAGUAAAGAGAAUGAAGAGCCGGAGAAGCUGAGCUGUAAAAUGAGAUGUAAUGAGAAUAGCGCCGAGGCCGACAAGGCUGUCGAGGAGAACAACAACAACAACAACGCCCUGGCGCUGGAGUGCCUUCCCCUGGCAAAUAGCGGCACCUGUGAGAUGACGUACUGCCCAAGUCCUGAGGAAGAGGAGGCCGCUGAAGAGAGCAUGGAGGAAUGGGAGCAUGAACAGUUUGACCCGUAUCACUUCAUAAGGAAUCUUCCUCCCCUGACAGAAGAGCUCCGUGCUCGAGUGCCCGCCCUCCCUUUGAAGACUCGCAGUUCUCCCGAGUUCUCAUUGGUCCUAGAUUUGGAUGAGACACUGGUACAUUGUAGCCUUGUGGAACUAGAGGACGCAGCUUUUACCUUCCCUGUUUUAUUUCAAGACGUUACAUAUCAGGUGUACGUGAGAACGCGGCCAUACUUCCGGGAGUUCCUGGAGAGAGUCAGCGAGUGUUUUGAGGUGAUACUCUUCACUGCGUCCAAGAGAGUCUAUGCUGACAAGCUGGUGAAUCUGCUUGACCCACAGAAAAAACUCAUCAAACAUCGUUUGUUCCGAGAGCACUGUGUGUGUGUCAAUGGGAAUUACAUUAAGGAUCUGACGAUUUUAGGGAGGGACCUGUCCAAGACCAUCAUCAUAGACAACUCCCCACAGGCCUUUGGCUAUCAGCUGGACAAUGGAAUCCCUAUAGAGAGCUGGUUUGUGGACCGCAAAGAUUCAGAACUCAUGAAACUUCUCCCGUUUCUGGAAAGUCUUGUGGAAUUGAAGCAAGAUGUUCGCCCCCAUAUUCGCAAUCACUAUCGGUUGCACACUUUAUUACCUCCAUAAACCAGAGAGUGUCUACGUGGACCCCCCGAGCACCCCAUGCGAUCUUGUUGCACUGGUGUUGCAUCGCUGUUGAGACACUUUCGCGCACCCACUUCGACCUUCGACCAUAACCACGACUUUUAAAAAAAGCUAUGUAAAUAUUGGCAUUUUUUUGGUAUGUUUUAAUCAGUUUUGAUUUCGCAAAGCAGUAUUUUAGAAUUGUUUUUUUGGGCUGUACAUUUUUUGCCUGGUUGUUCUUUUUUUUUAGUUUAUAUUUGAAAAAUUUUUAGCCUAUGUUAUUAGUUUUGUUGAUGAUGUCUAAUUGACAACAUGAUCCUGUUGUCGUUAAGCCUGACUGCUCUGUUUCCGUGGUAACAUCAGGUCAUUAUUGUAGGAAACAUUGUUGUGACCUGGCCUAUUCCCGUGAGCCGUUGUUGUCGUUUACACGGUUAGGUUCCUCUGUGGAUAAGUCCUGUAGUAUAAGUCCUCCUUGGAUGCAUUGGUCCAGAACAGCAGCACUGUAGUUACCAGAUACGAUUUAAGUGCGGAUUAUCAGAAGGGAACAGAAUAAAGACCAACUUCUGAGACAUGAAAAAAUGCCCAUUUGACAGGCACUUAUGUGUUUCUUACAUUUACACAUUCGUCACAUUACACUUUGAUGGAUACAACAAACUCUGUCAUGUGGUCCUGGGCCCAUUUGUUCAAAAUUGUCUGAAGACUUAAUACUAGAUUUGAACCAAGGGCCGAAUCCACUCUUCUGACUUAAGUCAAAAUUAAAAACUUUGUCAUAAUGUUCGGCUUUCGGUAACGGAAGUUGUCUUAAGAUAACAUUGAGGAGGUGAUCAACAUUUUAAUUUACAGGGCUCUAAAAUCAUAUUUCAAAUUUUUGACUUAAGCCAAAACUGGCUUUGUGGAAUCUGCCCCAAGUUUUUUGUGCGACUGAACAUCCAAUAUCAAUCAAAUCUGCUGCUGUUGCAUUUGGUCCCUGUACAACUCUAAUGGUUGCUGCAAUGAUAAAUGAUAAAUAAUAUGGGUUAAUACCAGUAUUAGCCAAUACACUUUUGAACAACGAGGGGCCCAGGUAGAAAAAAAUUCAGUUAACAAUUAUCAUGAAUACAUGUUUGUCUAUGGAAGGCCAGUUUGUUAAAGUACGGUACACAAGGCUGUUGUGUGCAUUUUAUGAAAGCAUGGGUAGAAGUCAACAUGUCCACAUGUCCCAGGCAUGUUAAAUUUCUUCAGGGCAAGUUGUUUUAAUUAUCAUUGUUGCCCAUGAGCUUAUGGGAUUUUUUUUAAUGUUUCCCCCAGGUGCAAGUGAUUAGUUAUUUUCCACCCCUGAGCAGGGGGAGAUAACUUUAUUUCCCUGUGGAUUUUUUUCAUGUUGGGUGAUCAGGUAGUCCUUAUAACAAUAUGAAACUUAUCUCACAAGCUGCCUGAAAACUGGUGUAAGACUGAUAUCCUGUCUUGUAAUGGUACAGUAUCCGUUUCACAACAGACACCUUUAAACUGGGUGUCAAGGCGAGGUUUCAACUCAACCCAUCUCUCUCCGAAAUGGAACUGUUAACGUGAGACUUGAAGAUUGGUAAGAAUGAAGGUUCUUACCAGGCCAUUUUAUUUCCAUACACGGAAAACUUAUCAACAUACAGGAUAUCAUAUGGCAUAUGCACAUUUGUCAAUUUCGAUAAUGUUUUUGGAGUCAUUGUAGAAUACUGCAAAAACCAUGUUUCCUACAAUGUAUCAGAGAUUUCAUAACAAUCUUUAUUUUCCCCACAACUUUUGUCUUUAUUUUAAGUGGUUCUCUAGGCCUUUCUUUCUUUUAACUUGUUGUUAAUAACAUGUCUAACUGGACGCACACAUUUCUUUUGCCAAAAAAAUUAAUAAAACAGCAAAAAACAAAACCAAGAGACAGAUGUUAUAAAUUGUACAAAUUGUUUCAUUGUUAGUAUGUUACCUGUAUACAUUGUAGAUGAUCGUCAGUGUUGAUGUCUGACAUUUUUACCCAUUAUAUUCGCCUCAUCCUCAACAACUGUAUUGUUGCCAUAGUCUUCAGCAUUUGUGGCCAUGGUGAUGAUCUUCAGCACCUGUUGCCAUGGUGAUGAUCUUCAGCACCUGUUGCCAUGGUGAUGAUCUUCAGCAUGUGUUUUGUCAGCAUGUUCCUUAUCCAUGGGUCUUCAACAUGCAUUGCAAUGCUAGUUUAUACAACCAGUUUAGUUUAUAAUAAUUUGGUGGAAUUGAUCAUACUUUCGCAGAGUUUGUAAGUCAGUGGAAUUGAUCAUACUUUCACAAACUUUAUGAGUCAGUGGAAUUGAUCACACUUUCACAGAGUUUGUAAGUCAGUGGAAUUGAUCAUACUUUCACAGAGUUUGUAAGUCAUUGGAAUUGAUCAUACUUUCACAAACUUUAUAAGUCAGUGGAAUUGAUCAUACUUUCACAAACUUUGGUAGUCAAUCUUGAAUCAUGAAUCACUUCACAUUAUUGUGCUAAGAGUGAAGUCAUAUACACAAAAAAGGUAAGAUAAGUUCAAUUUACCAUGUUUAGUGAAAGAGUCCCCUGGACCGUGACCAAAGUUGAAUGGUAAUGCCGGUAAAAAACUCUCUCCUGUGCUUAAGAUUUGAUUCAGAUCUGAGACAAAUAUACUACAGGGAUUGGAAGCUGCUUUGUGUUACAUACAUGUAGCAUUUUGUAUUAGCAGAUUAAUGUUAAAAUAUAUCUGACCUUUUUUUUGGUUUGUAAGAAAGACAGAUUUGCUACAGUGUACAGUACUUGUUAUCACACUGAGGCAGCGUGUUUACACACAUUUGGAUAUUCAUGAAAACGUUGCUUCCAGUUCCCCAUGAUAUAUUUGUACCCGGUACAACCCUCACAUGACACGCAUCACCUCACUCUGCUCCUAUCAUUCCCUCCAUCGCCACCUCUCCCCUUCCUUAAGGCUAAUGUAUAUUUUCACAAGUGGACCCUUGUCAUCGUGACCCAUUGUGCAGCGUAUUGUCACAACCUUUGCUCUGGUUUUUGGACUAUCUAAUUUGCACGUUGUUGUUGUAACCAUGGCUAAAUUUAGAUUUGUUCUUGUACAAAGAUGUAGGGUUUUAUUUUUCCGCCUACUUGUAAGGUUUUCAUGUAAUUUGUUUUCAGUUUGUCGACAUGUUACUUUUAUUAGCUCACCAUUGGUUGCCAUGGUGACCAGUCACUCUGUACUCUUAAUAACCUGUGUACAGAUUUUUAAAACAAAUCAUGUUAUGUUACGCAAGUGAAGGUUUUAGCAUGCUGUAAUACCUGUUAUUGUACUUGUGGUUUUACGCAUAGUUAAUUGGGUUCCUGGUUUUUAAACUGUAACAGAUUCUUUGAAAAAGAACUUGAAUUUUUAACUGUGUACUAUACAUACUUUACCAGGUUAUAUUCUCCAGAAGGAACCACGCUGUUUAGACGCGUAUCAUCUGUUUUUUGUUUUGUUUUGUUCAUAUUAGAUUAUUAAACCAUUUAUGGUCUCUUCACAUCACAGACAAUUCUCUUUUGUUCUGUGCACCCAAUUUUACUGUGUUAACGAGGGAUUUAUUGCUUUAGAAAGUCUUGGAUACAUUUACACUGUAAAACUAACCAGUCAUUCAGAUGCUUCAAACAGAGGAUCAAGACUUUCAGAAUUAAAUGGCAGUAUUGUAGAAGCCAGUUUCACAUCAGUCACUUACAUCAGUUUCUCUCAACCCAGUUUUCAAGUGUAGCAGAGAGUCACUACCACUUACCUGUUUGGUGAGUGAAAUAAAGGUUGUAAACCAGUCCAUCAGAGCACCUCAUUUAAAUCUCACACCGUGACAUAGGCAGCAACUCCGCUAGCAUUUCUGAUCACAUUGUCUACUGUAACGUUGUAAUUAUCAUUGAUCAGUAGCUAAGUAAUUUGAUUUUUUUCUUUCAACAGCGUUUUGAGUCAUAAUUUAGAUGAUUUUUGGGAUGAGAAGAAAGUUUUUUGUGUGUGUGUGUUUUUUUUCUAUCAUGAUCAACUACAUAUAAAAUAUUUUGCCGUGUAACACUUGGCCGGAAUUUCCAACACGGGCAAACAUUUUGUCAUUGCUGCUCAGUUGAUGCAUGAAGAUGGAGAAAAGCUGUAAAACUUUCCGGUGAUCAUAGAGAAACACAGUUCUCUGUGAAUGUAAAACGUGUAGUGAGUAUACACAUGUAGACAGUAUAAGAAGAAGGUUAGAACUUCAUUACAAUUGCUGUGUUCUGAACUGAAUUUUCAUUGUCAAGAAUCAAGUGCUUGAAAUUACAUUCACUUAUUUUUUUGUCACAAAACACAUGAAUUGGUAUUUAGUGUGCAUUCUGAGUGCUGAAAAAUGCAUGCUUAUAGUUGACUUCAGAGUCAUGCAGGAUGUUUGUGAACUUGUGAGUUGAAAGGACAAUUUUGAUUAGUUCUGAGAAUGACCUCGCCAACCAAUGCAGGAAGUUUGUGAACCUGUGUGUUAAAAGGACAAUUUUGAUUAGUUCUGAGAAUGACCUCGCCAACCAAUGCAGGAAGUUUGUGAACCUGUGUGUUAAAAGGACGAUCUUGAUUGGUUCUGAGAAUGACCUCUCCAACCAAUCAGAGUUCAUCUUACUGGAAUCUGGGAAUAUGGAUACAUUUAAUACUUCCGACUUCAGAUAGAUGGAUGUUAUUCAGAAAGUGGUGUAAGUAAGAGGAUUGUGUUAUCUUUUAUGUGAGAUUUAUACUUUCCAGGUAGAAUCCUAUAACACAGAUCAUCAUAGGGGUAUGACUGCAUAUUGGCCAUAUGUCAACUCUCCCUGCUUGUUUUUUGUGCGGGAAUCUAGCCUGUUGGUCACAUGCUUGACUCAGAAGUAGCCGGUUCAAAACCCAGAAUGGUCUUAAAUUUGUCUUUGUUUUCAGCACUAAAAUUAGCAACAAGCUUUAAAGGGUCUAGUUCUAGUGGAUUGGACUUGAGGAAAUGGAUGAAGAUAUAUCCAUUGCUGUGUACAUGAAUACUUAAGAGUAAAGCUGUAGCUGGCGUUAAUGUGUAAGAACACUACUGGCUGGACAAAGUUGACGAGGACAAGUUAAGUUUAGCAGUCCAUGGAAAACUUUCCAUAUCAGAUGACAGUCACACUGAAAUGGCUCUCUGGAUCUCCAUGCAUUCAAGACCUGCCCCCUUUUGUCUGAUUUUAACAGGGCUGCUGAAGGACAGCUAAAGUUUAUGCUGUGCUCAUGUUGACAUCCUACCAAGUGUUAAUUAGGUGAAAUAAUAAUUGUAAGUGGUAAUUAGAUUACUUUGAUCAUGAGUUUGGAAAUGUUCUCAUAGCCUCCAUGACUGAACCUGUACAUUGUAAAACACCUUUGUUCGACUGGCUAUGUGAAAGAAUGGUGAUUAUGUACGUAUACAUGUAUUGGGGUGUCUAGAGCUGGUAUUUGUUGUUGUUGUUUAUAGUUUUGCCCAUCACUACGUGGCGUUUGUUAAUCCUUGGUAGCUGCUCUAUCUCAACCCCCGAUGUAAUGUCAGUAUACCAUGAUAACAAGACAGCUGUCAGAAACUCACUGGUUAUGUACAUAAAAAUCAUACAUAU